UUAGGGUUUUACUUCGCUGUCGUUGCUCAUUUUUAGCCAAAGCUCACCCUUCCCCGCCGCUCCUCGCUCCUCCUCCGCUGCGACCAUGUCUGGGAGAAAGAAGACUAGGGAGCCUAAGGAGGAAAAUGUGACUCUCGGGCCGACGGUUCGUGAAGGAGAGCACGUGUUUGGUGUUGCCCAUAUUUAUGCAUCAUUCAACGAUACCUUUAUUCAUGUUACUGAUCUAUCUGGGAGAGAAACCCUUGUUCGCAUUACUGGUGGCAUGAAGGUCAAAGCUGAUAGGGAUGAAUCAUCUCCUUAUGCGGCCAUGCUUGCGGCACAAGAUGUUUCGCAGAGAUGCAAGGAGCUUGGGAUCACUGCUUUGCACAUUAAGCUUCGAGCUACCGGAGGGAACAAAACUAAGACUCCUGGUCCUGGUGCCCAAUCUGCCCUAAGAGCACUUGCUCGCUCUGGAAUGAAAAUUGGCCGCAUAGAGGAUGUGACUCCAAUCCCGACCGACAGCACCCGCAGAAAGGGCGGGCGAAGAGGGAGGAGGCUGUAACUUCUACGACAUGAUUCACUCUUUCAUCCUCAUCGAGCAGAUUAUAUGUUGGCGGUCUUUUUCAUUUCUUUAGUUGCGGCAAGACAGUUUUUGUUGAAACUAUUUGGAGAGGUGAUUGAGCAAUUAUCUAUGUUGGUAGAUUCCGAUUCGCUUGUUAAAUGGUGCUGGAAUUAUAUCGAAAGACAACAUCUAAUUGUUUGGCAACUUUUACAUUGUCUUCACCCUUCCAACUCUUUUGUCCCCUGAAUGUUGUUCUUGAUAUAUCAAUUACUCCUUUUUUUU